AUGACGAUCGACGUAAGCGACGAAGAAUUGCUUGUUGGAUGGAAGCCACGUCUCGGUCUACUGUCCGUAGCUGAAAAGGUACAGCAGGCAGAAUUACUCAAGCGUCAUGGUAACCUAUUAGUUAAACAAAAUGAGUUUAAGCGUGCCUUGACAUCAUAUGCCAAGGUGUUUGCAUACGUGAACGGGUUAUCCGUGGCCGGCGAUGCCAUGUCUCAAUACGCACAAGGAACAGCCGGCAUAACAGCUACAAAGGAAGAAAAUAUACAGAUUCAAGCUAUAAAGGUGGCUGUGUGGGCUAACAUGGCGCUGUGCCACAUCAAGCUCGGGACGCAGCCGGACAAGGCGUUGAGCUGUUGUGACAAGGUGUUGGAUGUCGAGCCACAGCACAGUAAAGCACGCUUUCGAAAGGCACAAGCAAUGGUGCAACUUAUGCAAUACGAGCGUGCUUAUCAGCUGCUGAGUGAGCUGCUGGACGAGGAGCCCAAGGAUGCGGCAGUACGCAGUGAAAUUCGUGUGCUGCAGGCCAAGAAACGCGCGUACGACGCCGAAGCCAAGGCCAAGGAGAAGACUGCAUUUGGCAAUAUGUUCAAGUAG